CCGCCCGCGCUGCAGCUGAGGACGAAGAUCGCUUGGAGCCAAAUCUUGUGUAUGUUGUUUGUCUCUUUCAAUACACUGCCCUGACUUGCUUGCUGUGAAGGGAGUAUGCAUCUGGAGAUCAAAGUUGCUCUGAACUUCAUCAUCUCGUACCUGUAUAACAAGCUUCCCCGGAGGCGGGCAGACCUGUUUGGUGAAGAGCUAGAACGCCUGCUGAAGAAGAAAUAUGAGGGCCACUGGUACCCGGAAAAGCCUCUGAAGGGUUCUGGCUAUCGCUGCGUCCACAUCGGGGAAACGGUGGAUCCGGUGGUGGAACUGGCAGCCAAACGGAGCGGGCUGGCCGUAGAGGAUGUGCGGGCCAAUGUGCCUGAAGAACUGAGCGUCUGGAUCGAUCCUUCUGAGGUCUCCUACCAGAUUGGCGAGAAAGGGUCUGUCAAGGUCCUGUAUCUGGAUGACAGUGAGGGCUGCAGUGCAGCUGAGCUGGACAAGGAGAUCAAGAGCAGCUUCAACCCUGAUGCCCAGGUGUUUGUCCCCAUUGGUAGCCAGGACAACUCCUUGUCCAACUCGCCAUCGCCAUCCUUUGGCCAGUCACCCAGCCCCACCUUCAUUCCCCGCUCUGCCCAGCCCAUCACCUUUACCACUGCCACGUUUGCUGCCACAAAGUUUGGCUCCACCAAGAUGAAGAAGGGUGGGGGUGGGGGAGCAGGAGCUCAACAGCAGCAGCAGCAAAGGAUGGCCAGGUCACCCACCAACAACCUGCUGAAGCACAAGGGCCUCUCCCUCUCUAUGCAUUCUCUGAACUUCAUCGGGGGCGGGGGGAGUCAAGCUCCUCAGUCGCAGCUCUCCCCCAAUGCCAAGGAGUUUGUUUACAAUGGCGGAUCAUCCGGAGCCAGCGGCCUCUUCUUUGAGGGUGUCACCAACGAGAAUCAGGGCGGCAGCAUCCCACCGGCCUCCCAGUUCAACACUAGCACCAGCGGCGGCAGCAGCUUUGACAUGGCUCAGGUCUUCAGCAGCAGCAGCAACAGCCUCUUUCUGGAGAAGUCUCCCUUUGUGGAAGGACUCAGCUACAACCUGAACGCCAUGCAGUAUCCCAGCCAGUCUUUCCAGCCUGUCGUCCUGGCCAACUGACCGGGAGGAAGGAGAGUAUUUGGGGAAAACAAGAAUUAAAAAAAAAAAA